AUGUCAGCUUCCGUCAAAAGACUUUUCAAAUGUACCAGAUGCUAUAAGUAUUUUAAAACUGAACAAGCUCGUUGUCUACAUGCCAGAAUUCAUGCAAAAAAACUGUACAAAUGCAGAAAGUGUGCAAAAUCGUUUCGCACCGCCAAAGAGGUGAAACGACACUUUUGGAGCAAGCACUCGAUGAGUUCAGCGGAUAACAAGUCCAGAAUGAAAGUGGACUACGAGAUGGUCAAACCAUCGACGAAACAGAGAAAGGAGGAAGUGAGGAAGAUGAAGGAAGAGGGAAGAAAAAGAAGAGCAAAGGAGGAGGCGAUGGAAAUGAAAAAAGUGUCGAAGAGACAGAACAAUGACCAGGAGAUGAUGAUACCAUCUACUUCAAAGCUAGUAUGCUGCCAUCAAAGAAAAAAUCUGAGGUACAGUGCCUCCAACCGUGUCUGCUGUGAAAAAGAAGGCUGUCGAAUUCAACCAGGAGAUGAUUUCAUGUGCGAAGCACUCGAUGCCAACGGAAUGGCCCGAACGUACUGUAUAUCGUGUUGGAAUUCUGGAACGAAGGAUACCAUGAAUAAUGUAGACGCCUGGAGCAGGAUGGCGAAUGUUAAUAAGGAAAAGGAACCGAUAAAGGAGUGCACGGUGUGUGGAGAGCUCUGGCACAGGUCAUGCUCAAUGAGCAACGAGGAGCAAUUCAGAUGUGUUCACUGUGUUCCGAGGAGAAAAGUUGAAAUUCAACAUGAAAACCAGUUUUCUGUCUUCAUGGCGGAUAGAAUCAACCGAUUCUGUAAAAGUCAUGAGACCCGUCGGAGCCAUGAAGUCGUCGUGGUAUCUUUCACCAACAGGAAGACAGUGGAUCUGGUGGAAAAGCGACCUCAACAUCUCAAAAAGGAGUUCCGUAAGAUCUAUGGAAGAGCUCCCACGGAGUACACUGAAAGACUGAUCUACGUAUUCCAAGACACAGAUGUAUUGUUCUUUUCAAUGGUGACCCACGAAUAUCCGAACCAUUGUGGGAAGUCCUACUGCCUCAUCGAUACAUUGGACUCCAUACCAUUCUUGGAUAUCCACAAAAGAUUGUCGGUUAGACGAGGAGAAGUCUAUCAAGAGAUAAUACUCGCAUACUUCGAUUAUAUGCGAAGAAUCGGAUUCGAGAAAGGGCAUAUUUGGGCGGACGCCCCGAUUCAAGGAGACGAUUUGUUUUUCACAUGCCAUCCAUCGACCCAACUAUAUUUGAGCCAGAAGAAAUUGGAGGGCUGGUAUAAGGCAAUGUUGAGGAAGGGAGAGGAGGACGGGAUUUUUAAGGAGUGGAUGAAUUUUGCUGGAUUUAAGAAGAUGGUGGAGAGAGACCUCCCAAGAAUAACCAUCGGAAACAAGAAGAACCAACCCCAAAAAAUCCGACCAAUAGACAUCCCAAUCCACAAGGGAUCCCUCUGGGAUCGUCUCAUUCAAGAUCUGGAUAAAGAGGAGGAGAAUAAGGAGAACAAAGUGAAAAUGGCAACCGAGUACUCCAAGUACAUGACAGAGCAAUACCAAUUUCACUCCAAGGAUACAUUUUGGAUGGAUCUGGCUCCACCGACACAGCCAAUGGAGGAGGAGAACAGGAGCUACACCCAUGAGACUCUCGGGAACAAGUAUUCGUUUUUGGAGCUGUGUGAGGAGAAAAACUGGGAAUUCUCGACGUUCCAGAGAGCCCGGUUUGCGACUCUCGGGAUAAUUGAGGAGAUCAAUAGGGGUACAGUUAUUGAGGAGGAUUAG